UACAAUCAACAGAAGUCAAGGAAAAAGAUAAUUCAGAUUGAUAGAAUUCAAAGGAUGCCGAGGUCUUUCCUUGUAAAAAAGAAACGUGGGGCGUGUGGAGCGUGGCAAUGGAAAGAGCCAGAACAGCUUGAAUGGAAAGAAGAUAAUACAGCAGUGAGUGACAUUGCUGUGGAGCAGAUAUCCUGCAGUCGUGACAUCCAACAGCCUACAGCUGUGCCUCAGUCAGGAGUGUUAGGAUGUGGGACAGCAGCUGGAAUGAGACUAUCAGUACCUUUGGCAGGAUCAGGAGGACCGGGAGCUGACGCCAGACCGAACUGGUCCACACUUAUGUUACGUGGCUCCUUCUACCAUCCCAAUGCACUGGCACUGGUUAGCAGAGCGAAGCCUCGUCCCCGGUCUUCCCCCAGUUCAGGUGACUUUGUGUGCUCAGUGUGCCACAAGAUAUUCCCUCUGCAGCGAAUGUUGACUCGACACCUGAAGUGCCACAGCCUGGUCAAACGACAUCCUUGUCGAUACUGUGGCAAGGGAUUCAACGACACCUUCGACCUCAAGAGGCAUAUGCGAACACACACAGGUAUCCGUCCCUACAAGUGUGAGCUAUGUGAGAAAGCCUUCACUCAGCGUUGCUCUCUGGAGUCCCAUAUGAGGAAGAUCCACGGUGUUCACCAACAGUAUGCCUACCGCCAGAGACGCUCCAAGAUCUUUGUGUGUGAGGAUUGUGGUUACACCUCAAGCCGCCCUGAUGAGUACUUCCUCCAUGUGAGACAGUGCCACCCCGGCAGUCCUGCCCUCCGCAGAUACUACCGCCGCCAGGCCCAUGAGAACAGCAGCUUUGCCUCAGCAGACCGUAAACUCAACCCCUACUUACUGUACUCAUCCCCUGCAUACUACAUGGAGGGGUCAUUCUGAUCCUGGACUACACUGUGUUGUAGCUAUUUCAUUAAAGAUAUUUUAAGAAAAAAAUUGUUAGUUUAAGGAUUUUUUAAAUGUUAAU